AAACGUAUGCUACAAUUUUGUGUACUUACCCAUCAAUAAUCAUAUCUCACAAUAUUGUAUGGUUCAGCCUGGUAGAGAUCGUUCGACGAUAUCACAACCAUGUGGAAGCAGAAAAAGAGAUCUCUGGAGAUGUUUCUGACACAGAGCACUCUAAAUAUGCAAGCUUCAUGACAGUGGGAGAACUGUUACAAACAGUAGAAAGGCAACUCGAGGAGCCUGAUGUUGAUGGUCUCAGUGUGACUGACCUUGUCCAUUUGGAAAACCAACUGCAAUCUGCUCUGAUGCAAGCCAGAUCUCGGAAGACACAUUUGAUGGUUGAAUAUAUCAAGAGUCUUCAAGAGAAGGAAAAACUGCUGAGGGAAGAAAACAAACUUCUGGAAGACAGGAUAGCUAUGAUCAAGAAAAACAGAGAAGUGAAUGGGAUGGCUUCGGAUUUCACUAACCGAGCACCAGUCCGCAUGAUUUGUGGACAGCAGAGAGCGACGCUGAAUUUCCUCUAGUUAUCAUUGUAUAUGUCAAGUAUUCUUGUAGUCUCUACUGGAACAAUUUGCCAAAUCUAUCUGCUGCUUCUAACUUGGCACCUCUACUUUGUAAUUCCCAUUUGUAUGAAGGAUCAUGCUGUACCUGAAACGCUGCAUAUUAGGAAUGUCCAAAAUUAAUAUUAGUAAAAGAUAUUGGUGUAAUAAUUAUAAAGAAAUAUUUAAUUGUUCAUCUGUAAGACCAACUAUAAUGAGCUCUUUUUUCCA